CGCAGCACUACAAAACAUACUAUAGCUUUGCUAGACUACUACUAAUAAACUUAAGUGCGGUCUGCAGCUGAUUUUCAAGAGGAGUUUAGUUUUUAAAUAUCAACAAAUUGAUGGUUUUGAACGAGUAUAUUCAAGUUAUUGGACGUGUAUUUUCGCAAAAUUUCACACGUUUGGAUUUCAGUAAAAUCACAGCUGGCACUGCUGCGGGGAAGCUGGUUGGUGCGGGAUGUCACCGCAACGACGCACCAAGAAACAAGCAAUCAGGAAAAACUUUUAGAUUAUUUUUUUUGCACAAAAGUAAAUGUGGGCAGGACAGUUUGACAGCUGACUUUUAAACUUAAUUUCAACCUUUAAAUGACCGAAAGCGAAGUUAAUUUGUAAUUUGUACACACCAGCCAACACGUAGGCUAUCCUAUAAUUCUCUGCACAAUGUCCACCGGGAUUCAGCAAGCCACACAUCAAAGCAUUAAGCCUUUCAAGUCCAGCGAAGAAUACCUCUAUGCUAUGAAGGAGGAUUUGGCAGAAUGGCUGAAAGACUUGUAUGACAUUGAAAUCGACGUGAGCAACAUUUUGGAAAUACUAGAGACUGGCUCCGUCCUCUGUUUCCACGCCAAUAAUGUCACAAGAGUCGCGGAAGAGUUCAUUCAGAAUUUCGGAAUAGUGCGGCAGAUCCAGUUGCCAAAAAACGGUGUCACUUUUGUAAAUUCAGCCCAACGAGCGACCUUUCUAGCCCGGGACAACAUCUCAAAUUUCAUAAACUGGUGCCGACAGCAGAUGGAUAUCAAAGAUGUGCUCAUGUUUGAAACGGACGACCUGGUGCUGAGAAAGAACGAGAAAAAUGUCGUGCUGUGUCUUCUGGAGGUGGCCCGGCGAGCCUCUCGUUUCGGCAUGGCUGCCCCAGUGCUGAUCCAGCUGGAGCAGGAGAUAGAGGAUGAAAUUCAAGAGGACCUUGAGCCGGAGGUCACCCCGCCACUGGAUAAACCCCAGCGCCGUGCCUCCAACAUCCAGAAUCUGGAUGAGAUGGUCCAGCACUUGAUAAGCCGAUGCACCUGUCCCACUCAGUUUCCUAUGAUCAAAGUGUCAGAGGGCAAAUAUAGAGUCGGUGACUCCAGUACUCUUAUAUUUGUGCGGAUCCUGCGGAAUCAUGUGAUGGUGAGAGUGGGAGGUGGGUGGGACACCCUGGAGCAUUAUCUAGACAAGCAUGACCCCUGCCGCUGCAGCUCUCUCUCCCACAAGCUGGCCCAGCGCCCGGCCACUCCGGUCCACGAGAUCAAAGGCAGGUUGACGCCGCGCCCAGACGGCACUGGGGGGACCCGGCAACCUUCCGCUCUGCUCCUGAGCCGACAUGCUCAGAUCCCGCUCCAGCCUGUCCUCUGGACCCCCUCGGCACCCUCCUCCAUCCGGAAGGGUCUGAGGCCCGCCAGCCUGUCGCCGGACCUCCGCUCUCGAAGCCCACGUCCGAGGUCUCGCUCCCCAGACCCGGGGUCUAGGACCCCGGAUCCUGUCGUCAGAGCCUCCCGCUCCCAUCUCCACAGGUCCUCCCUCUCUCCAGGCCCCGGGGACACCAGGAAAACUCCAGGCACAGGGCUCAGAACCUUCAGAGAACUCGAGGCUCCUUCUCCGAGCAGACUGAGACAAAGUGCCUCCACGCCCACACUUCAGCACCUCCAAGCAGAGAAAUAUGACUCGGCAUUCAACUCCUCCACCAGGACAGGCCGUGAAGCCAACCGCUCCUCCCCAGCCCCGCGCCUGACCAGCAGCCUUCCUCGCCCCGUCCAGCGCUCCUCCACACCCCAGCCUCAACCCCAGCCCCAGGCCCAACCCCAACCCCAACCCCAUCGCUCCUCCACACCCCAGCCCCAACCCCAGCCCCAACCCCAGCCCCAGCGAUCUAAAACCCCCUUGGUCUUCCACAGGCCCCCUGGCCAACACUCCUUCCAACCACAGUCCCAGUCUAUGCUGGAAAGUAGGCUCACCCAAACCUGGACCAAAUCCCAGUUUGCCUCCAAGCUCAGACAGAGCUCCAACCACACCGAUAAUUCCAGCCUUUCUUCAAUCCUGAGGCAAGGAGGGCCUUGUACACCCAGACCUGCUACCCCUAUAAGAGGUUACAGUCCAGCUAGAUAUACUCCUGACUGCACAAGGCAACCCACCAUCACUAUCCAGGAGCCCGACAAUGAUAAUCCUCCACAAAAAAGGCCAACUCUAAUUCGCACCUUCUGCCCUGCCAAUAAGAACAGGGAUUACUCGUUCGGGGAGGCCCCAGUUAGGUCCUUUAGUCCCAUUGGUGGAACCCCUAGGGGGGUUCAAAACAAGACAUCUACCCCUGAAAUGAACUCAACCAACACUUCACACAGCUCUUCAAAUGGUGAUACGGAUCCUACGAAAAGGCAGCCCCCGUCCAGACAAAAUGCAUCUGGCUACCCUGUUACCGAGAAGACCUCUUCUGUUAUUAUUAACUAUGAACUUAGAGGGAGCCUAGAUGAGCUUGACUCACACAAGGUCUGUAGCCAAGGCUGUAGAGAGGGAAACACAGAGAAACGCUACCUCUUCAUUCCUCCUCCCCCCAUCAGUCCAGCUGAGGAAGCCAGUCUGUACCAGAGUCUGGAAGACGAGAUCCUGGCCAACCUCCGGCAGCUCAGCGUCGACUCGGAUGACGACAGCCGAAGCAGUGACCAGGGGGACCGCAACCACAACUACUCACAUCAGACUGCCCCAGAAAGCCGGAAACGAGAUCCCAGCACAUAUGCUGCAAGUCUCGACCGUUCAAGUGAGGUUAGCUAUGACGCGGUCGUUGCUGAACUCUCCCAAGGACAGGAGCGGCCAGUGAAGGCGCACGUGGAGAGCUGGGCAGACACAGUCGGUUCUAGAGGCAGCAAACUUGCGUCCAGUAGUGCAGAGGUGGACACAGGUCUAACCCUCAAAGUGACCAGUUCCUGGUCCUCAUUUGGAUCCAGUGUUGAGUCUAAAGAGCCACCCAUUGAAUGUAAAAGCCCCCCUCACACGAGCAACAGAGUUAACGUUAGCCGUUGUGGCACGACCACCAAAUCAGCUUCAGUAAAUCCUCGACCCGACUCAAAAGAGCCAGAGAACCUGAAAAAGCACCGACCUGGCUCUCUCAGACGAAGAAGGACCUUAAAGAAACCAGAGAGAGUCCCUUCCAUCUACAAACUGAAGCUCCGCCCAAGACUCCGACCCAGAUACGACCACAGACCCGGGAAGAAGCCCUCCAGGAUCCCCACCCCCGUCUCCUACAGGGUCAGUCAAACCACGGAGGACCCUGGAGGAGCUACGACAGACAUGCUGAACCCACAGAAACAACCUCGUCCACUCAACUCAAACAUCCAGGCAAACCAGCAGAGUUCUUUGGAAAGCUAUGGGAGGCUUCAUAGCUGCAGACAGCCUGAUGGCAACGAUGAUCCAAUUAGGCUAAAACAGAGGCAAGCUCCCAGCCAGGAAACAGCAGCGGAUCCGGAACAUGAGUCUUGGGUUUAGCAGCUCACAAAAGGGGCCUCACCAGAACAGACCAUGUGGACUUAUGAUCAAAUAGGGAUGUGACUAAUCAUUUUGACAUCAGUCCAGGCAGCAAUGAGAGAAAAUUAGCAAAUGAAGGAUGGAUGUGUGGUGAAAUAGAGAGACUGAUGAACUUUCAAAUCUCGGUGGCUUUGAUAUGUUUCCUUAAACGAAAAAGCGCUCCACUGUGAAAAAUGAGCAUUUUAAUGGCCUAAUUAGAGCCUGUUUACCCGGUGCCGUCAGAUGUAUUUGCAUUGACUUCAUGAGAGGCAGGAUGUUGGAAAGAGCAACUCAAAAGCUUUCAUGCAUUGAGGUAGAAAGGUGCUACCACACCUACCCGGUAGCUGACGUCAUGCAGAGCCAUUCCAUUGCCCUCCCCACAACAGCACCCAAAAUUAUACUGAACCACUAAACAAUGUGCAUUCCCUGGAAAAGAAGUCGUUCUGCUGUGUAAUUAAUGACACUUUAAGUGUGAGUCAGAUCCAUUUGUUUGGAGGUCAGGUUUCAGUUUUGCACACAGCAGGUCUCGGCUCAUCUCCAAAUGCACUUUUCUGAAUGGUACACCACGCUGAGAGCAGAGGACACUCACAGACAGUAACACACACGCGCACGGGGAGAGAGCAGCAGGCAUCAGGAGACCAGGUAGAAUGGAAACCUUCAGACCUUAUUAUCGGACACAGCCGGCCUUCUCACCGCAACCCGUUGGCCUCACUGGAGGAACUGUUCUAGAACAGCACAGAAGAUAAGCAGGUGGCCUCGGAGACACCUAGAGCUCAGGUAUUGAGGCAUGGCUGCGCUCCAGUGCAUUUUGGUAAACAUACACUAACACACACAUACGAUUACUUUUCAUUCUGUGUUCAAUUCUGCCACCGCUACAAGUUAACACAAAUGGACACAUUUGUAUGCUUCUCACGAAAAAUGAUUCCGUUGCAAAAGAAAUACAAUUUAUUAUUUGUCUUUGCCUCAUAUUUUUUGAUACAUUCCUACAUGCCUCAGUGGAAUAAAAGAUUAUUGCAGUUAAUAUUUUCUAUAGAUGACAAAAGGGUUUGGUUUCUGUCAAUAUGUCGUAUUGUAAAAUAUCUUCUACUGACCUACAGUGUGUCUUAUCCAGCCUUUGUCAAGAACCCAUUGUAAUACUUUGCCAGUGUCUCAGUCACCUUGUGUGUAUUGAGUUUGCAGUGGCAGACUCCAGUC